ACGUAGCGCUUCUUGGCUCAGUCCCCCGCAGGCAGCUCACGUUGUUCGGGGUCACCCAGUUUGACUAGGCUAUCCUAGUUUGCAUUGGAGCGCAGCGAUAACGCUGUUGAUUUUGACGCUGUGGGAUCAGCCGCGCCGAUUAUAACCCUCUUGUAGAGCCGCUGCAGCCAAUGGCUCCGGGGGGCGGACAGGGCUCGCUAGGGGAGUUGUCUGCCUGCGAGUAAUCCGAUUGGGCCGCCUUAAAAAGGGCACACACUCACACGCUGCACGCCCGAGAAACCUCCGCUUGCUCCGUCCCGCCGCACAGAAAUAGAAAAGGUCCGGCAGGAAGAGAGCAACGUGUAGCGGGGACCGACCUAAGAUUUACUCCCGGCGAGAGCAGGUCUGAUCAGCGGGGGGAAGCUGUUUACCUUUACGGUCCAGCCUGGCCGACCACCGAGCCGGAGGGGAGGGUAGACCGCCAGCUUUCUGAUUCAGAGACCGCUCUUUUUUUUAAUUUUUUUAUUACCGCUGCUUGGUUUAACUUUAAACCUGAACUAAGCCUCCCGGCCUGCGCACAUUUCUAAAGGAAUGGCCAUGGACUUCGCCGCUGGAUGUGUGGGAGGUGCUGCUGGUGUUUUGGUCGGGCAUCCGUUCGACACCGUGAAGAUGAGAGAGAGAAAUAAACAACCUCUCCACGGAAAUGUGACCUAGUGCGGCUUCAGGUCCAAAAUGUGGACAAACCUCUGUACCGCGGGACGUAUCACUGCUUUCAGUCCAUCGUGCGGCAGGAGUCGAUGCUCGGUCUCUACAAAGGCAUCGGCUCUCCGAUGAUGGGCCUGACCUUCAUCAACGCCAUAGUCUUUGGCGUCCAGGGCAACGCCAUGCGGCAGCUCGGCCGCGACACGCCUCUCAACCAGUUCCUGGCCGGAGCCGCCGCCGGCGCCAUCCAGUGCGUCAUCUGCUGCCCCAUGGAGCUGGCCAAGACGCGCAUGCAGAUGCAGGGCACCGGUGAGAAGAAGUCCAAGAGGAAGCUGUACAAGAACUCCCUGGACUGCCUGGUGCGGAUCUACAGGAAGGAGGGCUUCAAGGGCAUCAACCGCGGCAUGGUGACCACCCUGCUGCGCGAGACGCCGGGCUUCGGCGUCUACUUCCUGGCGUACGACGUGCUGACGCGCUCGCUGGGCUGCGAGCCCGACGACCCGUACAUGAUCCCCAAGCUGCUGUUCGCCGGCGGCAUGUCGGGCAUCGCCUCCUGGCUCUCCACCUACCCGGUGGACGUGAUCAAGUCGCGGCUGCAGGCCGACGGCGUGGGCGGGGUGCACAGGUACAGCGGCAUCGUGGACUGCGUCCGGCAGAGCGUGCGGAAGGAGGGCUACAGGGUGUUCACGCGCGGCCUCACGUCCACGCUGCUGCGCGCCUUCCCCGUCAACGCCACCACCUUCGCCACGGUGACUCUGUUUCUGAUGUACAUGCGCGAGGGAGAGGAGUGCAGCCUGCAGAACUCUGAGCCGCAGCCGGUGCAGCUGCAGCCGCUGCAGCAGCAGACGCAGCCCACCAGCAUGUAGGGCCCGGUAACAACCAGACGGCCGAGCCGCUUCCAUCUCUGCUAUUUAAAACAUUUUUUUUUUUUAACCUGAAAGCUUGUAAAUAUGGCUUCUUUUCAACCACACAUGCUUUUGUACGACUAGCUGAAUAGAAACGUGUACUGUUACUGUGAUCCAGAGGCAGGAGCGAUGCUCUGUAGGUCAGAACCGAGACGUAGACGUUAGGAAGGCGCCGCGCUGGGUUUCAAGUUACCAAAAAUUAAAAGGUAACAUGCGUGCAAAUCAGCGCUCCCUUUUUUUUUUCUUUUUUUUUAUUGUUUUAUUGUUAAACAUGUUUGCAGUCCUUUUGAUAAUUUGGCAUCCUGCAAUAGCUGCUGAAACACAGAAAAGAGUUUAUGAAAAAGUUCCCAAAGUCUAUUUGUAUUAAGAGGUCAGCGGACUUUAAUGUGUUAUGGCCGCUCCGUUCGAGGCUCGCCGCACGCUGAAUGUAGUUCAGUUCUCCUGCUACAGUGUUACAUAAACAUAUGUUUGGAUAAAAUCUAUUACAGAUUGUUUUUUAUUUUUUUUAUUUUCCUGUAUUUGACCACAGCUAAAAUCAAAUGUGAAGCAGAGAACUCCUGUCGGUUUUUAAUGAAGCACCUUAUAACCAGAAGACUGGUUGAAACGACAAAGGCAAUCCCACUUAUUUUGUACCGAUUUAAUUUUUUUUAUUUUUAUUUACCUCAGCUACUAAUACAAAAAAAUUGGAAAUUGGAUUUUAAAAAUCCAAACUUCAAACUGUUCCCUGUCAGCAGAAG